ACUAGACUCAUUGGAGAAUUAAAUGGAUAAAAGGUAUUAGGUUGUUAACCAUUGGUAAAGCUGAGCGUUUAAACUAAAUUCUUUAUGAUCUCAAACUACAUUGUAUUUUGAAUUCACAAGCACCAAUCGGUUUUCCAUUCGACUUUGAUAUUCGAAAACAACCAUAAAAGUCGCUAAAAGAAACGUACAUUUUUAAAUUGCUCAUUUUCUCUCAUUUCCGUGAAUCAUUCUUGGGUUCACUACCAAUCGAGGAAAUUUACAAUUACCUUUCUAAAAGGAUUUACUGCAGUGCAAGAUAUUUAAUUAUAAACAAUAAUUAAAACAUACAUUGAAGCAUGCAAAGUCUAAACAUUUAUCAUGAGUAAUAACUUCAAAAUUAAAGCAUCAUGCAAUUUAAACAAGUCAUUGGCAUUUUAUUCGAAUUUAUUGUUCCGGCAGGUGUGAAUAAAAUGAAUUCAAGAUCCUUAAAUCAUUGAAGAAUUAAGCACAUAAUGUAUUUAGACUCAAUUCUAAAAUAUUUUAGGUAAGCAAAUCCUUUGCUAAUAGUCUAGAACUACUCUUGGUUGAUAGGUACGUCUAAGAACUUAUUAGGUAAACCUAUCUCAUUUGCCACGACAUAAAAGGACUCUUUACUUAUAUCGUUGAGUUACAAGAAAAUGUCGUUUUGGCAACGGAAAAUGUCGCUGCCAAAAAUAUCUUUAGCAACAAUUUUGCAUUUAAGGCAACGAUUUCAGGUUGUUAUGGGAGAUGCUGUUACUAAAGGUAUCUGCAACGACUUUUUUUCGUUGCCAAAAAUGUAUAUAUGGCAACAAUAUCUUCGUUGCUAAACAUAUGCCGUUGUCAAAACUCAAUGGUAGGCGAGUAGGCAAAUCCUAUUUUUCACAACCAUAAAUAGUCGUUACCAAAAAGUUUUCCUAUUUUGCAACGACAUAUGGUGUUGCCAAAAAGAAAUAAAUCAAUUAGUACGAACACUAGUUGUUAUGCUUUUAUUAUAUUUAUAUCGUAUCAUUAAAAUAUUGAUAAUAAAUUUUACAAGAACAUAAACCAUAAUAUCCAACAAUUAGAAUUAACAAUAGAACCCGAUUUCAUAGAUCAUUAAAUUUACAUUAUCCAAAAAAAAAAUAUGACUACAAAAUUUCAAAAGGUGAUGAAAAAUCAAUUCUUAGAGAACUUAUAAUCACAAAUAUCAAUUUUCCGAUACAUGGUGGGAGUGUGAAAGGAGUGCUCACUUCAAUGUUAGAAAUGACAACAUUCUUGUUGCCAUUAGCUUCUGUAUUUGACCUUUUCUUCUGGUGAAAAUUCUGACUGUCUUGAAGGGGUAGUGAAUUAUAGUCAUUAGUCGAAACUAAAUUUGCCUCACUGAUCUUUAGUUCUCGUGAUCGCCUUGCAGCUACUUCUCAUCAAUGUUUAAGGUAAUUUCAGGUUAACUUUAGUGGUCGAGACUACAAAUGGAGCCAACAUGGCAUUACUCAUUGCUCUCAGUUGCAUCUAACUACUUCCAUGAGUCCUCUGAUCUGCUGAGCAUAUGCUUACAUUGUUUUGAAGGAAAUAAUGCCCUUGGUCCAAGUAUGCAUUUAAUGGCCAUGCAUUUUACAGUUUCUAGCUCUCCGAGUGGCCUUGUACAACUUUCAACAUCUCAUCCCGAUUUAUGGGAGGACAAUCCCAAUCUUGCGAUCUUGAGAUUAGACUUCGUUUGAUAGGUGAUUACCUGAGCUUUGCCUUUAUAGCCUCCUUUUACGGUGCGACGGUUGACAACGUCAAAGUAAGCAGUUCUCAAACAAUUAAUCUCAAAUCACUCAGGUAUUGAGGAUUAGUGUCUAAUAAUUUUAAUGAAAUUUACUUAUGAAAGAUUUUCAUCUCUUACAGUAAAGUUUUAUAGGUCUUCCCGAUACUAGUCUUCCCAAAAUAAGUAUCUAUGAAAAUGAUUACGACAUUGCCAUGUCCACAUAGUUCAAGAAACAAAACUACUAGUCAUCUUGCAUUCUAGUCGUCUAACGUUUUUUAUGCGUCCAUCUUUAUAGAAAACUCCGACCAGGGACCAUUUUCAACUUUUGACAUUCAAGUUCACUUGAUAGACAUUUCUUAGUCACUUGACUGGUCCUGACAGUCUAUCUUGAAUAUAUGGUCAAAUUGAAGGGACUCAUCAUUUAAUAAACCACAAAUUAAAUGGAAAAAUGAAUUCUAUUCAUUAAUGUGAAUGAUUAACCAAUAAUGUUUUACAAAGUAUUAAACUCUAAAACUUUAAAACAUUAAAUAAGGACAUCAAAGCCAUUCUCCAACAUGCUUGAUUCCCAUAGCUGCAGUGUGCGAGUUGUGCUUCGCCUGCGGCAGAGGUUUAGUCAAUGUAUCUGAGAUGUUGUCAUCAGUUCCAAUCUUGCUUAUCUCAACUUCUUUUCUUUCAACGAACUCACGUAGAAGGUGAAAUCUAUGAAGUACAUGCUUGACUCUCUGGUGGUGUCUGGGCUCCUUUGCCUGUGCAAUAGCUCCAUUAUUAUCACAAUACAGAGCUAUUGGUCCUUUAAUGGAGGGGACUACACCAAGUUCACCUAUGAACUUCCUUAGCCAUAUAGCUUCCUUUGCUGCUUCAUGUGCAGCAAUGUACUCCGCUUCAGUUGUAGAAUCCGCAAUGGUGCUGUGCUUAGCACUUUUCCAGCUUACUGCACCUCAGUUGAGGCAGAAGACAAACCCAGACUGUACUCAACGAAAUCGAGUGAUUUUUGUGUCAAUUCCGCAUGUAAAAGACAUUCUAAAAUUUUGACAAAAGUACUAUUUUUCGGCCGAACCCAGAAUUCCCAAAUUCGAAGCCUAACUAUGAUUUUUCGGAGGUUUUAGUUUUUCGAACGCAAAAGUUUGUAAUUUUAAGAUGUUAAAUUGAAUAUUUGCGAUUCUUGUUGUUAAAUCAUGAAUUUUUGAUUGACCUACUGUAUAUGUUUAACAAAUUUGAAUGCCUAAGCUUGUUAAUUAUACAACCUAAUUUGUAAUUGUAAUUAAUUUGUUGAAAUUGGAAUAAUUUAGAAUUUGAUUUGGUUUUAAUAAUUAAUUAACGAUUUAAUUAGGCAUCCAUGAUUAAAAACCACCAUAAACAUUGUUAAUUUAUGAUAAAUUUUAAAUUUUUAUGACCUAGAUUUGAAUCCAUGAUAAUCGGAAAUUAAUUGAUUAAUAAAUUUUCGAUUUUUUGCCCUAAAAUUAUAAAUAUAAUAUGAUUUAUUAAUUUGUCAUUACACUACAAGGAAAAGGGGCUUAGGCAACACCCAAUUGGCCACGGUUUUUAACAACGUUGCCUAAGCCAUAUAUGGCAACGGUUUACAAGCCUUUGUAAGUUUACUUGGGAGACUGUUGCGAAUUAACAAUUAGGCCACGGUUUAUUAAAAAAGAAAAUUUUGAAAAAUAUAGAACUCUUGCCUAAAAUAAUUUUGCUAAAACGCGCUAACAAACCCUUGAAUUAUUUUGCCUUAACGCGCCAAUAAACCCCCAAAAUUUUUCGUCUUCCCUCCUUCUUUUUUGCCCCCAAAAUGCAGUAUGACUACUCGUCACAUCUGAGUUAGGGUUUCAAAAAAAAAUCUUCCCUCUUUCAACUCCAAUGAAUUUCUCACUCAAAAUUUCAGAACAAGGGUUUGAAUUUCUAUUUCACGAUUCUCUGGGUGGAACUAGAAAUUAGGGUACCAAAAAAUUAGGGUUCAAAUUUUCUCUCACUUACACAGUAGCUACGAAAUUCAUAUUGAAAGUAUCAGCAAGUCAUAAUCCCCGACAAGCAUUCGAAUUUCACAAAAUUGCAGCAAAUCUUGCGGCUUCGAGCAUCCAAACAUUCAAAAUUGUCAUUGGUUAUUUACACUAAGUUAAGCUACACAUGCACUGUGAUUUUCCUUCUUGAGCAAGUUGUUGAAGUUUAGAGACUAUAAACUAGUGCAGUGAUUCAAACACGUACAAAAUGGUAAAGCAAGGAAAAGCUUCAAGUUCUAAAGUAGGUCCAAAAGGAGCUGAUUAUGAGAAACAAAGGAGCAUGACUAUCGAAAAAAAUUCUCUUAAAUUUAAAGAACUUGGGUUGGACAAAUUGGCUGAUCAACUCCUGGCCAAAAGUAAAAACAUGCAGUCAAAAGGAAAGGAAAAACAUAAGGCCACUAAAUCGAAUGAAGCAGACUAUUUUCCAGAAGAAGAUCAAUAUGAUGAUGACGAUUCUGAAGAUGAAUUCUUUGAGCUGUCAAAUAAUGAUAGACAAGAAACUGAUGGUUUAAUGGGCUCAAAAUCUAUGCCAAAGAAGAUAAUGAGUAAGAAACGUGCAUCCGCUGUAAAAAAGAAGCCAUUAUGCCCGUCAAUGGAAAUGGAUGAUUUCAUUAUGAUGCAACAACAAAAAGAUCCAAGUGAAGAUCGUCAAAUAGAUCUCGAGAUAGAAAAACUGGAAUCACGAUUAAGAUCCAAACGCAAGCACUCUUCAAUUGUUCCAUCAGAAAACCAAGUAGUUGUCGUUCCUCAACAAAAUGAAGUAGAUCUCGUACCUGUAGAAAAUCAAGGUCCAAUAAAAAAUACCAGAGGGCCUACAAAUUUGUUUGAGGUUCAUGCUCGCAAAUGGGAUGACCGUGUGGGCAUCAUUGGGACAACCAGUGGGACCUAUCAAAGCUACGAAUGAACUCAGCCUAUUUUUUGGAACACUUGCUUGUGAUCACAACUGGGCACCAUUAAUUUACACAGAUUGGCAUAAAGUUCCUGACAAGGAUAAGAUGUGGGAAUAUGUGACUAGCAAGUAUAAACUUCCGGCAAUAGCUAAAGAUUGGGUGCUUGAGACCAUCAAUUGGUGUUGGAGAGGCUGGAAAUGUCGACUCAAAAAGCGAUAUUAUUAUAACUACUCCAACAACAAUGACAGAUGGAAGUUUCGUCCAAAGAGUGUACCCGAAAUGCAUUUCAAAACUCUACUGGGUUACUGGAAUACUAAGGCGGCAAAGAAAACAAGUUUGCAAAACUUUGAAAAUCGCAUGCAGCAAGACAACAUGCACACAGUUGGUCCUAAAGGCUUUGCUGGUAUUCAUCAGGAGAUGUUGGAAACAGAUGGUAAGCCACCAUCUAAAUUACAAAUGUUUGAAAGGACACGACGUCGAAAAGAAGGAAGAACCUAUAAGACAUCUUCAGAUGAUACGCAAAAAAAAAUUGAAGCAAUGCGGCAACAGGAAGCAUUACAAGCUGAUACAAGUAAUGAUUGUCAAAAAGACCCGUUCGAUGAAGUAAUGAAAGAUGACCAUAAUGGAUAUGUCCGGUUGAUGGGGAAAGGAGUGUCUCGCAAAAAGAUGAAGGGGAAAGGAGCAGAUAAGUCAUUAACUUUUCCCACUGAAAUUAUGGACUCCAUCAAAGCCAAUGUGCAAAAGGAUAUGAUUUGCUCGAGAGGAAGAACUUGCCAAGAAACAGGAAGCACAUGAUGUACAAGUUGCUGCAUUUUUAGAGAUGCAAAAGAACUAUGAAUCUCAAAAGGAAAGUAUGACACUUGAUAUUGUCAGUUUAGUGCUUGCCCAACUAGAAAAAGGAAAACAAGAUCGUAAUCCUACACCAGAUUUAAUUGCAAAGGCUAUUGUAUCCACAUCCAUCGGUCAUGCAGAUCAUCGGUGAGGGCAUUUGCCUCAAUGUUUAAUCAAUCAGGGUAGUAUAUCCGAAGCGUACAACUUUUUGGAGGGAUGAUUUCGGAUUUUAGGUCUAACCAUUAAUUAGACUUUGACAACAUUUUGGUGUAUAUUAACAAUUUGGAAAACUUUUUAGACAUGUAAGAUGUGUUGAUGGGUGGAUGUAAACUUGUAUGGAUGUACUUUGAUGGGUGGAUUUAUUUGAUGCACGUAUAUUUAAGAUGAGUUAAUAUAGUUUUUGAUCUAUGGAUAAUUU